GAAUUUUCACCUCCAACUUUUAACAUAAAACCAUAGACAACACACACCAUUUCCUCAAAUCUUCCCAUUCACUUUCCAUACCAGAAUACCCGAAUACCCGAAUACGCAAGUGCACUUGACCACCUAGUCGCCUUCUAUCUGACUUUCCUAUUUUCCCGACUUCCGAAUUGCCAGUCCAGUAGAGUACUCACACACACCAAACAUGUGUGGUGCAGACAGCCCCGCGGCCAGCAAUGGCACCACCAACGGCACCAACGGCACCAAUGGUACCAAUGGUACAGAUGGCACAGCACCACCCGUUCGUCGCAACAACCCUUACCAGUCAAACCCCGGCGAGCUUCUCUCCAAUGUCGACAAGUUCAAGAUAAUUGAAUCAACGCUCCGAGAAGGAGAACAAUUCGCAAACGCGUAUUUUGAUACGCAGACCAAGAUUAAGAUUGCCAAGGCUCUUGAUGCCUUCGGUGUCGACUACAUAGAACUUACCUCCCCCGCUGCCUCAGAACAGUCGCGGCUUGACUGCAUUGAGAUAUGCAAGCUCGGCCUCAAGGCCAAGGUCUUGACCCACGUCCGGUGUGAUAUGCGGGAUGUCCAAAUGGCCAUCGACACAGGUGUAGACGGCUUAGAUAUUGUCAUCGGUACAUCACAUUUUCUUAGGGAACACAGUCACGGCAAGGACAUGGCCUUCAUCACUAAGGCUGCCAUAGAAGUCGUGCAGUAUGUCAAGUCGAAGGGUAUCGAGGUUCGAUUCUCGAGCGAAGACUCAUUCCGUUCUGACCUCGUGGAUCUGCUAUCGUUAUACAACGCGGUAGAUAAGAUAGGCGUCAACCGUGUCGGAAUUGCUGACACGGUUGGCUGCGCCAGUCCACGCCAGGUUUACGAGCUUGUUCGAACUCUGAGAGGCGUAGUGUCCUGUGACAUUGAAACGCACUUCCACAACGAUACCGGUUGUGCGAUUGCUAAUGCCUACUGUGCUCUCGAGGCUGGUGCAACCCACGUGGAUACUAGUGUGCUCGGAAUUGGUGAGCGCAAUGGGAUCACUCCUCUCGGUGGCUUCCUAGCCAAGAUGGUAGUAGCCGCUCCUGAUUACGUCAAGAGCAAGUACAAGCUCAAGAUGAUCAAGGAGAUUGAGGAUUUAGUUGCAGAGGCGGUGGAAAUCAACACCCCUUUCAACAACCCUAUUACUGGCUUUUGCGCCUUUACACAUAAGGCUGGUAUUCAUGCUAAGGCCAUCCUUAACAACCCCUCAACCUACGAAAUUCUCAACCCGGCGGAUUUUGGCAUGACCCGCUACGUGCAUUUCGCCUCUCGGUUGACUGGUUGGAAUUCAGUCAAGUCUCGGGUGACCCAACUUGGUUUGACAAUGACAGAUGACCAAAUCAAGGAAUGUACUGCCAAGAUCAAGAUGCUAGCUGAUGUACGGCAGCCCAGCAUUGAAGAUUGCGAUUCGAUCAUCAGGACAUUUCAUCUGAAUCUGCAACAAGAUCAAAAUGGGAAUUAGGGUAAAAAAAAAUUUUUUGUGGCAGAUUCGGCGGGCUCUUCUUUUGCUUCUUCCCACCAUAUAAAAGGGGCACCAUCAAAACGGACAAAAGGAUAAAAGUUCGGGUGUGCAUAGCUUCGGUUUGGGAAAAAGUUCAUUUCAUGCGAGGCAUGACUAAAUUAAGGUCAGAUAGCCUCCGUAACUUUAAGGUGCUUGGGAGCAUACAUAGAUGUUUACUGUUUUCUCUGGAUUUCCAAAUGCAUAUUUAGAUUCCUUCACUUCAU